GAGCGAGAGUGAGAGAGCACGGACGUAAUCCCGUCCUCUGUACUUGGGAGUAAAAAUAAUAACAACAACACACUGCGUGUUCCGGUGGUGUUUCAAGCUGUGUGUCCUCCGCCCUAAGACAAAGUAGGCUACCGCUGCCGGCUGUCAGCGGCUCUGAUGCGGCCAGGCAGCAUCCUCUCCGGCGUCCUGUAGUGAAUGAGGAGGGCCGGUGGCCGACAGGGAGGGGUCCUUUGAUUUCAGGGCUGCCUCCUCUUGGAUGGAGCCCAGCUGUGUGCAGGCAGCGAUGGCAAUGGGAGAUGGAUCGAAAAAAGUGUCGGUUCGGAACGUGGCAGUGGAGCGAAAGAACCUCGUCACCGUUUGCAGGUUUUCAGUAAAGACACUGUUAGAGAAAUACACAGCCGAGCCCAUAGAUGAUUCCUCUGAGGAGUUCAUCAAUUUCGCAGCCAUACUUGAACACAUUCUCAGCCACCGUUUCAAAGGCUCCGGAAGCUGGUUUGAUGGUCAGAGAAGUUACUGGGACUAUAUCCGUCUGGCCUGUGCUAAAGUCCCUAACAGCUGCAUAGCCAGCAUAGAGAGCAUGGAGAACAUCAGCACCUCACGAGCCAAGGGGCGGGCCUGGAUGAGAGUCGCCCUGAUGGAGAAGAGGCUGUCUGAAUACAUUGCUACUGCUCUGAGGGAUAGCAGAACGACCAGGAGGUUCUAUGUAGAAGGAGCCAUCGUGUUAAGAGAGGAAGCUACGGUGCUAACAGGGAUGCUCAUUGGUCUCGGAGCCAUAGACUUUAGUUUCUGUCUGAAAGGGGAGGCCUUGGAUGGGAAAUCAUCUGCCGUGAUUGACUACACACCGUACUUGAAAUUCACACAAAGCUAUGAUUACCUAAGUGAUGAUGAUGAUCGACAGAGUGUUGACAGCAGCACAAGCGACGACAGCGUCCCUGACCACCCAUACACCCCCCUGGUCACUGACGAGGAGAGCUGGAGCACAAAGUGUCGCAAGAUGGAGCAGAGGUUCAAGAUCGUCAAUGCUCAGAAGGGUUACCUGGAGGAGCUUGUGCGCCUGCGUGAGUCCCAGCUAAAGAACACAGAAACUGAGAACAAGAGGCUAAAGGCCCGAGUGGAAGAGCUACAGAGCAACAGCACACAGGAGAAGAAGGAACUGGAGGACAUAGUGCUGGAGCUUCAGGAGCAGCUGACUAGCUUAAUUCCAUGUGAUUCCAACCACCUGGCAAAGAACAUUUCAAUCCCUUUGAUCAACCAGUGGCCGACGCUCCAGCCAUACAACAGCCAAGAGGACGUCAAGCUGUUCCGCAGGAGGAGCUUUCCGAGCACAGAGCUGCUGUCAGUCGACACCAGCCUGGAUUCAGACGCCCAGAGGACUGAUGGGAAACAGAAUGGAGGAGCCUGGUGCACAGGUGACCUUUUACACACUUACACACUUUAUGCUCGUAAGAUAAUAAAAAAGGACUACACCCCCUCCAUGAUGGGCCUGUGUGGGUCCUUGGCAUCCCUUCGGAGCUGCAAGUCUCUGGCUAGCCUCAAGUCCAGCGAGUGCCUGGUCUACAUCAGUACAGAGAACAGUCCUGCCCUCUCUCCCAGCUAGGGGGCACCAAAGAAACACUGCCAACCAUCUAACUGGCUCUGAAACAAUUCAACAUGAAUACAAAAAGACUACUUUUGGUAGGUGGACUCAUCCUCUCUUGUGUGGCCCUGGGUCCCUUUACCUGUACGCAUUUGCAAAAGAGUAGGCUCCCGGUCUGGGACUGUCCGACAAAGAUGCAGGAAUAGCUGUUGUACUGCCUGACGGCCUCCUGUAGUUUUACUGUCUUUAUUGUCUUGCCAUGAUUGAGCCUCUUGGAAUGCAAACAACUGGUGUAAGUUUGACCUCUCUUACGUCACGAUGCUUGAGUUUGUUCAAUUACCCUCAUGACUGUACUGGCCACAUUCAUCAAACUCACUGUGGGGUUGUCCUGUAUGUACUUUUCCAUUUGUCUGUGUCUUAUCCGUCUCUUAGUGUGUCUUAUUCUGCCUCUUUCAUAAUACUGGCAGAGAGAGGUGGAUGAGCUGUUAAACCCUUUUAAGGAACAGAAACAAUGUUUUGCCAAAUUAUAUUACGCUAUUAUAAGAGAGAUAGGAAAAGAGGCUUGUAAUGUGCUCAGUUAAAGGGGCCAGAGGGUUAAAUGAUGAAGAUUAUUUGGAAAUUACCAAAAGCAGCUUUGUGACAGUUAAGGCCUUAUUCAAUCAGGUUAGAUACAGAUCUUCGUAUGUGACAGAAAAGACCUGUCAGGCUACAAAGGUUUGCAAAGUCACUACAAUGUGAACAUAAAAAACAGACAUAAUAUACACUAUAUUGCAUAUAAAUGCAAAAUGCAUUGUGACUAUGCAGAAUGAGUGUUUUCAUUGUCAUUUUCUACAAACCUGGCUUGAUAGAGUAAUUUGAGCAGGAGAGAAUGAGUGAAUGUGCAACACAUAUUUGUGUGUGUCAUCAGAUUUUUUUGGCUUUUUUCUUUUGUUCUUUUAAAUUUGUAUUAAUGAAGUGAGAAACCUGUAUCAUUUACCAUCAUGUAAAUUGCAAUCUCAUGCAGUGUUGUUGAGAGUUGGGAUACAUAGUGUUAUUGAAAACUGCAAUAAACCUGUUUUUUUUUUGAAACAUUAAAUGCUGAUAUGCAAU